AUGCCAAGAACCCUAACCCAAGAAACUAUUUUAGAACUAAAAAACCAACUUUCCGCACUGCCCGAUACGGAAGAAUUUCGCGAAAAAAGAGAAAAAUUAGAAGUAAAAAUAACUUCUUACGAAAUUGUGUCUACUCCCGCUGCUAUUGAUUUUCUAAAAGACAUAUUAGAAACGAAAAAGAAACUCCUCCCCAAACAAGGAAUUUUUUCUUUCGCCCAAAUCUUAACGAGAGAACAAUUUUACCGCCAGCAAAAAAGAAAUAAAGGACUUAGAGCAAAACCAUUUAGACACUGGACCCAACAACAAUUAGCCGAGCAAGAAGCCGAGACAAUUUUUCUGCGAAAAUCCCCGCAAGGAUUAAAAGAAGCCCAAGAAGUUUUACAAAAUCAUUUCAAAAGAGAGUUUGAAGAACUUUAUAAAGAUAACCCCCAGCAACUAGCCCAAAUUACGGCUUCCCCUUGA